GCAUCUUCUUUGGUCCACGUGUACGAAAUUGGAGGAGGGGGUAGCUACUACUUACCCUCGAAGGGUGCAUACCUGACCGUCGACAUCACUGAUCUUUCCAUGUGCGACCCACUCAUCCGAUGCGUUCCUGUAGGAGGAACAAGUGAGGAGGAAGGGGGCGAGGAAGAAGAAGCCGCAGAGGAAGAAGAUCGGGAAGACGAUCCCGAUUACCGCGGGUCGGAAGAAUCGGGAUCGGAAGGAUCCGAGUCGGAAGAGGAAGGCGGAUCGGACGAAUCCAGCGACCCGGCAGAGCUAACCAGAGAGGAGGAGGAGUACAUGGCACGAAGGAAACAAGAAAAAGCGAAAGGCAAACACCUGAUCAAAGAAUUGCAGGAGCCGCCGCCACAACUAUUGCAGGGCGAUCCGGCGCUGUCGAGCACAUCGGUCCGGCACUACUCAGGGGUAGCGCGGGACCCUCCCGGCCUCGUCACGCAGGAGUUGGAUAUUGAUCCUCGUCGCGAUACAUACAUGGAGCUUCCGCAAGCUGCUCCGGCCGAGUGCGCCAGCCAUACCUCUCGCGAGCCCCUACGACAGGAUAGAUCCUACGCGAGGCACGACUUGCCUCCACCUUGCAAAGACUAGGGCAGAUACCCUUGUCAAGGUAUUCGCACCGACAACGCGUAAUCCAGAACCGGGAAGAAGACGAGAGGGAUGGAGGUGUCGCUGCAGAGGAAUCAAGAAGCCGACGCCGC